AAGAAUAAUUACAUAAAACAGAGCCUAAAGGACAUGAAAUAAUUAAUAUAUUUUAUUCCACAAUACGACAUUACCAUAGCAACAUAUCGUCAUGCGUGUUUCUUGUUACCGUACCGCUGUCCGUAACGCUACAUAUUGCAUCACCUCAAUACAUUGAAGGUCAUGAUACUGCACGCUCCGUGCUGUAGAGGGCGAUAUACAAUUCAUAGCUAACUGUAAUCCGUUAAUAACCAAAAGAAGAAGAUAACUUGCAUUUGUUAUGAUUUCAUUAGAGCAGCCCUCGUAUGGAAAUCGGCUGGACAGGGAUCAUAUCGGGAAUAUUGCUCAUCUUUUUGAGUCGGGAGAGUAACGUGGGGGAUAGUUUUAGUCUCUUUCCUGCUUUUGACGAGUGACUCGAUCAAUCACUAAGACUUGACAUAAGCAAACAUCGGAAGUCCCCCUUUAACCAGCUACCCAGCAGCGUGAGGAGCAGCGGUACAGCAUCAUCACAGCCUAGUGCAGGCAGUGUCUUGAGUGUUUUCCAACCUGUCCAUCGGUCCUCUGGAGCAGCUAUUGUUUGACUUUGCGGGGCGGGAGGGAAACCCAGCAGGCAGAGAGACAGCAGGACAGGCAGGACGCAGAAUGCCUCUGUUCUUCAGAAGGAGGAAACCCAGCGAUGACUCCCAGAAGAGACUGGAGUAUCAGCUGUGCCGGUCUAAGGAGGCAGGUGCUGAUGACACCCUGGACAUCUCAGCAUGUGAGCUCUCAGAGGUUCCCUCGAGUGUCUUUUCCAUUUGCAAGGUGCUACAGAAGAAGGUCUUUAUCCUCCAUAACAAUGAGCUGAAGUCACUGCUGCCAAAAGGAUGUGAAAUCAGCUCUCUCGCCACUUUAAAGGUUUUGGAUCUGCAUGAGAAUAAGCUCACCUCACUCCCAGAAGACAUUGGGAAGCUGGCGUCACUGCAGAUUCUGAAUGUGGAGAAGAACCGUUUGAAGGACCUGCCAGACUCCAUCGGGGAUCUGCGGCUUCUGCAAACACUCAAUUUGAAGGGUAACUGUCUCAGCGAGCUGCCAUCCUCAGUCGGCUCUUUGAGCAGCUUGCGCACCCUGGACCUGAGUGACAACAACAUCGUCCAGCUUCCCAAAAAUAUAGCCUACAUCCGCACCCUGGAGAGCUUUACACUCGAUGCUGCCACAAUGUCCUAUCCACCUGCAUCCGUGUGUGCAGAAGGAACAGAGAGCAUCCAACGCUUCCUAUGCACCGAGCUGGGAGAGGAGUACUGCCCUCCGUCCCAGUACCUCUUGCCAGUGCUGGAGAGUGACUGUGGCAAACAGAACUCAGACUGUGUGGAUGGCUUAGAGGAGGCCUGGCAGAACAAAUUCAGCGACUACGAGAAGAGAAAGAUGAAGAAGCAGGAGGAGAAGCUGGCCUUCGAGCGGCACCUGGAGGAGAAGCAAAGGGAGCACGCGCAGCUUCUAUUCAUGAACAACUCCCGCAAGGAAAAAAUCCUCAACUCAGUCCGUGAGGAGCAGGAGCGUGUGGAGCUGGGGCUCUCCCAGCAGCAGAGGGCCCUGGAGGCUGAGAGGCUGAUGGUGCUGGAGAGAGUGCGACUCGCUGAAGACGGCAUUAGCAGUCGCAUCAGCAACAUGCUGAUGGACAAUAAGAGGAAGAAAAAGAGCGCAGAAUUUCUCCAAUCCAUGGAGGAAGAUCGGAUCCGUAUGGAGCAUCUGACCGCCAUCACACAGGAAGAAGCCAAUUCGCUGAGGAAGAGGGAGGUGGCCGCGGCCAUGCAGAAGAUGCUGUCAGACAGCUGUGCUGUGAGCCUCCUGCAGGAGGCCAGUGACUUUCGCAGACAGAGCCUGGUCUCUGAGACCUGCAGAAGUAUGGAGAAUUUGGACAGGCAGUUUGAUAAGAUGAUGUCCCUCCAAGUCUUGGACAAAUCUAAAGCCAUCGCCCACAUCUUACAGGAGGAGGAGAUGCAGAAAGCAGCGUUCCAGGCCCUGCAGCUGCAGAAGGAUGCUGUACACGGAUACAUCCGCAACCAGAUCAAGCUCAUAGAGGGUGAAUUAAUGCAGCUGACUAGACUGGAGAUUAAAAGACGCAAUCUGGAUGCUGAGAACCUGCAGGAGGUUCUGGUGGAGCAGCGCACGGCUCUCAGUGAUUUGUUGCAGCAGCUGCUGAAGCAGAAGGUGCAGAGAGAGCAGGAGCUGCAGCAGGUUCUGGUGGAGAUGGAGCUGAAGUCAGAGUCCAACCAGCAGAACUACUGGAUGAUCCAGUACCAGAGACUGCUGGAUACUAAACCACUGGCACUGCGCAUGCAGGAAGCAGGUGUGGAGAAAGAGUUGGUCAAUCUAUUGUGCAGACUGUCGGCUCAGCACUACCUGCCCAUCCUGGCUCACCAUCGAGUGACAACAGCGGCUCUUUGCCACAUGAACUCCUCUGACCUCAAGAAGAUUGGCAUUAAUGAAAUAGGCAUCCAGAAAGCUCUUCUGAACUGGGCUCGGGAUCACCAGCCUGAAGGAGCUUGUAAGGCCGUGCAGCAGGACGAGGAAGAAGAAACCGUUGCCACUGCUCUGCCCCCUUCGUCCCCACAGUUGCCUCCCACUGCCCCCAUCAUCCAGAUGCCCAGCCCACCACUCACCCCAGGGACCCCUGUCACCCCAUCUGCCCCCAGCCCUCUGGAGGGACCAGGGAGCUCAGAGUGUGUGGUCUGCAUGGAAACUGGGGCUCAGGUCAUCUUCCUGCCGUGCGGUCAUGUGUGCUGUUGUCAGGUGUGCAGCGAUGCUCUGCAGAACUGCCCUCUGUGCCGCAGCAGCAUAUCACAGCGCAUACGCCUCUACCACGGCUAGAGCCGACGGCACCGUGCUGCUCCUUCGUCUUCAUUUGUGCAUGAUCGUAAAGCUGCUGCGAGCUGACCUUGUCAUGUAUAGAAAAGCUUUUAGCGGGGUUUUCAAAGAGCUGAGCCACUUUCCUCUACUAACCAAAUAAUCCUUUAUUGUAUAUGCAGAACCAUGUUUGAAUACAACACUUUUGAAAGGUUUUGUGUUUUUUUUGAUUGUUUGUUUUUGUGUUUUUCACCGUCACCCAUUCCUGUUGUAUUUUGUUGUUCUUUUUUAAUUCUAAAAUGUUUAAUUUGUAUUAUAGAUACACUAUAUUAAGAGCCUAGUGGAUUACACCACUCACUGUUUUCUUUAAAUGGACUGUUCUUUGCCUUAUAUACCUUUUCAAUUGAUGUGUGCCUUUUUCUGGAAACCUUUUUUUAAACAAUACUGUUUAUCUGUGUUGUCAACCAAAGUAACACCUGUCUAACAUUUAUUAUUGUUAUAUUAACAUAAUCUAUUGAUUUCUAUUGCUUUUAGUUAUCAUAGCUGGUUGUGAUUGUUUCACUAAAGCAAUCUCAUGUUGUUGUUGCACUUCAGUCCAUUUCAGACACUUUGUUUUUGCCCUAACUGCCAGAGGCUUCUGUCCUUUCUCAUCUAGGCCCCUCAAUGCCAGGUGGAAUCAUUAUCUAGUGUGGGUCAGUUAUAUUCUACACGGAUGCAUACGAAGACAGCUUGGAGAAAAACAAAUUUCUUAAGAUGUUUGUCCUCCAUUUAUUCUGUUCUUGACAUCCACCUCACCAUGCCUGGAUUAAGCUGCUAGGGAGCCUCAGGGCAAAAAUGAGCUGCUGGGCUCCUAUAAACAUCCACAGUUCCUUCCAUUCUCUAUAUUAUAUUACUAUAAUACUAAUACUAUAGUACUGCCCCCAGGUUUACUGCGUAAGAAGAUACAUAAACGUGCACCAUGUGAGCACAAUUACAGCUGAAAUAAUGAGGAUUCUGAAAGGAGAACUUCAACAGUUUUAACACAUUAAGUUUAGUUUUAGAUGAAAUUACUACUCAGCCUGUAAAACAGUUGUAUAAUAUUUUCUAUGGCUCUGAUGGGAGUCUUGGAAAACAACUGUAAUGAUGUCAUCAGGGUUAUAUUAUCUCCAUUUAGAGGAUAGAAUUUUUUUUAACAGAAAGCCUAAAAUAUAGAAUGAGUGUAUUUAAUUUGAAAGUUGUGGUUGGGAUCCGGACAGGCAGGAUCUAAUUUAAGACGCUAUUGAGUUGCAUUAUGGGAAUUGUAGGAUCAAGUGUUUUUGGAGCAUGAUCUGUACUAGUGACUAAAAGUCAAUAUAGAUAUCAGCCUCUGUUGCAUCAGUUUUGAUCAUUUUUUGAAAAUCUUCCUCUCGCAGGUUUAUCAACUUCUGAAUGUACGAUACAAAAUCACUGGAGUUCUACUUUAAAACUAGAUCCUCUUUAUGACAGAGCCUCAGAUGAUAAAGCAGGACCCACCUUAAGAACCUUAUUAUGCUACUUGAUACGGUGCUUCAAUGGUGCAUGUAUUCAUAUUCUCCCAAACAAAGCUUCAGUCAAUCAAAUUACCACCAACCAACUGCCAAACAGUACUGCUUACCAGGGAGAUAAUCCAACCUUGGACCUCACUUUAGUUUCUUGUCCACUUGUCUCUGACAUCUUUUCAUCCCACUUAUUCAAAUUGCUAUACAUUAUAUGGUGCAUAUGUAUGAACUAACAACACAUCGCCUGUUUGUAGCCAUCACUAUUGCUACUCUUUCAAGUGCUCUUAACUUUAACAUCUCUGCAUGUUUCAGGAAUUAAUCUUUGCUUACUGUGUAUGAAUCUCUUAAGUGUAGUAUGUAAAAGAUUCCACCUCUAUAUAUGUCUGACAUUUCAUGUCAACAGUCAGUAUGAUAUAAAAUAUAUAUAUGUGUCAUUUUCCUGUACUCAACUUGUGGUCAGUGUCAAAGUUUUGUGUUGCUGAGGAGAUACACUGCUCCUACACAGGCAGCAACACCGGGAAAUGUAAUGAAAUACACAUUUUGAGAAUUGCACCUGGAA